AUGGGUCUCCCACUCUUUGUCGCGCCUGUGGCCUCAGAUCUCACCGAAAAGGUUGCGUCCAAGGAUGCUGAAAGUCGGACCUCGCCGCGCUCGUCGAUCCGACGCCUCGCACAGGAUGGAGCCAGCCGUGAACGCGCCUCGUCCAACCGGCGGGCACGCACGCUCGAGCACCAUCGCGAGAGACUUCAAGGACUCCCGGGCUCUGGUGCUGCGGCUGCUCCCGCACGCCCGAUCACCAGCAUGGUGGCUCCGCAGGACAGGAACAGAAUCGUUCGGUAUAUCCGGCAGGGAUUCAUGACGCCUGAAGACGUGACCCACGGCGACAGGAACCGUGAACGCCAGAGGUACUCUCUGAUCCAGAACAUGGAACUGCGCUUCGGCCCAGACUGGCGUGAUCGAGACUGGAACAGUGAGCAGCAGGACGCCUUUUCGGACUGGUGGCUCCUGAAUGUCUCCAAUGGCAGAGCCUGCUUGAUGCGACGGCAGGGACCUUCACAGUGGCGAGCAGGAACCAACCGCCUCGAAAUCGUCCCAUCUGCCUCGUGGGCCGACGUGCAGCCCGGCGGCGGGCUGUCUGCACCCCUGCCCCCUAGUCGCGCCGUUCCCCCAUCUUCCUCUCGUCGCCCCUUGCCGACCGACGUCGGCGGGCUGGGCGACCGCGACCGCAGCCUUAGCCCCGAGGGCUGGGACACGCUCCUCACCACGCUCACGCCCGACCCGCAGCCGCCGAGCGUCAACUCGUCCUUCGCCUCUUCGGCCACGGCAACGACUGCGACGCACCCCAGCAACCCGACGUCGUCGCGUACGUCGCUGUCCGGGCAGCCACCGACCACUACUGCCGCAGCCGACGCCGACCCGGGCUGCGAAACUGGCGGCUCCGACGCAGAGGAGAACGGGGUGUCGCGUCAUCUCGAGCGUAUCCAGCAAGCCCUGCUCUUCCGCCCCUCGUCGGAACGCCGUAUCCCGCGCCCGGUCGAGUCCCCUGCCUUCAGCCCCGUGCGCAACCACGUCUCCGACCGCGCCGGCAGCGACGAGGACAGCUCCACCACGCUGACGCUCCAACGUCCGGCCGACUCGGUCCACCAUAGCCUGGCGGCGCGGACCGAGAGGCGCGGCGACGAUUACGAUGGCCACGAUGCUCCGUCUUUUCCGCGUCCGGGCAUCUGGGUCGGCAGGCUGUCGAUUGGCGCCUCGGACGAUGAGCAACCUGCUGCGCCUGAGCAUCUGAGUGUCAGCCGCGAGGACUCGGGGGAUAGCUCGUUUCGCAGUGACAGUGACUUGGCGGGCAUGCAGAGGAUUAUGAGGAGUCUGGCCGCCCGCGGGGAUAUUCCUGAUGAAUGGUGGGCCGAGGCUGGCCUUAGUCGGUCACUCUCGCGGGGAGGCCGAGACUGA